AUGGAGAGAGUGGUGGCGUUUGCCCUGUUUUUGUGCGCUGUUCAGGGCCAGUAUUAUGCGUCUCCUUACUCCCCAUGUCUGGCGUCUUCGCCAUACAUGGGUCAGCCCUGUGGGUGUUCUAACCCCUCGCCACCGAUCUACGUGACUCUCCCCACUCCUCCUCCGUUAUGCGUUACCCCACCGCCAUUACCCCCUAUGUUCAUUGAGGUGCCGAUGCCGCCACCGAUCACUAUAACACCACCAGCCUUACCCCCUAUGUGUAUCACACCACCGCCGUUACCCCCCAUGACGGUAACGCCUCCCCCGUCUCCUCCUCUAUGCAUCACUCCACCGCCGUUACCCCCUUUGUGCAUCACACCUCCAGCGCCGCCGCCGAUGUACGUCACUCCUCCCCAAUCUCCCCCAUUGUAUUUGGAACUUCCUCCACCUGCUCCGAUCAUGAUAGAGCUGCCUCCAAUAUUGAUUCAACCUCCGCCGAUGCCUCCCGUGAUGGUUCAGCCUCCCCCUCUUCCUCCGAUGCCGGUGCAGCCUCCUCCGUUACCUCCUAUGAUGAUCCAGCCUCCUCCUCCUCCGCCUAUGUACGUUCAGCCUCCUCCGCCGUGUCCUAUAACCGUUCAGCCUCCUUGCCCCGAGCCGCUGUACAUCCAGCCUCCUCCGUUACCUCCCCUCAGUGUCCAACCUCCUCCGCUGCCUCCUCUCUGUGUCCAGCCUCCUCCUCCUCCUCCCAUGUUCAUCCAGCCCCCUCCACCGGAGCCGUUCUGUCUCCAACCUCCCCCUCCCCCCACUAUAUGCUUCACCCCCGGCCCGCCAUCCAGUCCGUGCUGCUCUCCACCUACAGCGAUGGCGUCUCCGAUAUAUUUAUAG